UGAUAGGCCCCCCAAAUCACAUGACUUGUUGUUCAUGUGACGUGUUUCCAAUCGCCCGAUUUACGGAGAGAACUUAGUUCGUCGAGAAGGAUAGUUCUCCAGCUGCUAGUUCUCCGUUACCUGCACAAGUCAGUCAGCAGAUUGUCAGCAAUGAGGCUGGUGAUUUUGGAUGAUUACGACUUGGCCAGCGAGUGGGCGGCCAAAUAUAUCCGUAACAGGAUCAUCCAGUUUGGGCCUUCUGCCGACAGAUUCUUCACUCUGGGUCUGCCUACGGGGAGCACGCCAUAUGGAUGUUACCAGAAGCUGAUUGAGUACCACAGAGGUGGGCAUCUGUCCUUUAAGUAUGUGAAAACCUUCAACAUGGACGAAUAUGUGGGUCUACCUCGCGCCCACCCGGAGAGCUACCAUUCCUACAUGUGGAACAACUUCUUCAAGCAUAUCGACAUCGAUCCUGCCAAUGCUCACAUCCUGAACGGAAACGCCGAGGACUUGGAAGCGGAGUGUCGGGACUACGAGCAGAAGAUUGCAGAGGCGGGAGGAAUCCACUUGUUUGUUGGGGGGAUCGGACCCGACGGCCACAUAGCCUUUAACGAGCCAGGAUCCAGCCUGGUCUCCAGGACCAGAGUGAAGACGCUGGCCAAGGACACCAUCGUGGCAAACGCUCGCUUCUUCGGCAACGACCUCUCCAAGGUUCCCACCAUGGCUUUGACCGUCGGGGUCGGGACCGUCAUGGACGCCAAGGAGGUGAUGAUUUUAAUCACCGGGGCACACAAGGCCUUCGCCCUCUACAAAGCCAUCGAAGACGGCGUCAACCACAUGUGGACCGUAUCUGCCUUCCAGCAGCAUCCGCACACCAUCUUUGUUUGUGACGAGGAUGCCACGCUGGAGCUACGCGUCAAAACCGUGAAAUACUUCAAAGGUUUGAUGCAUGUCCACAACAAACUGGUGGAUCCGGUGCUGAGCACAGAGGAGCAGUGAUGCUGCUACACACUGUUACACACCGCUACACACUGCUACACAAUGCUACACACUGUUACACGCUGUAUGGCUUACAGUUCAGUCCGUGUUACACACCAGUUAACAAUCCCACGUCUUUACCGUUUGACUUCUAAACGGGGUGAGAGCAGACCCCCAAUGACUUAGUCCAGAAAGAAGACUACAUCCUGGACUAGACUAGACUAGACUGGACGCCAGGCAACAAAAAAUGUGUAUUUGCCGUGAGCCUUACUUUUGUUGUUUGUUUUGUAUCACCGUGUGUAGUUCGGGCAGAUUGUUUAUGUGCCUAUGAAGCACACGAAAGUACCCCCCCCCCCCUUUUAGUUAAAGUAGUCCCUUAUGCGGAUAAAUGGGAUACGCCCCGUCCGUUCAACCAUUCAGUAAGACCAGGGGUGUCCAAAGUGUGGCCCAGUGCCUUUUUCAGCUGGCUGGAGUUUUUUAUUUGAACUUUAUGACAGUCUAAAAGUCUAAAAGUAGAAUUUAAUUAAAAAAACAAAAAAACAGCAGAAAUUGAUUCAUCAAGUAAAGUCCAAAUGUUUAGAGACAAAAGUGGUCAUCUAUGAGAAUAACAUUUUAUUACCAUAAAGUUGAAAUAUUAAAUCAGUUUUAAUAUGAGAAAAAUUGUUAUUUUGUUAAAAAUUAGGUUGGGAAAUAUUCUAGUACACUGUAAAAAAAAUCCAAGUUGACUCAACUUAAAAUAAUUUGUAGCCUCGCUGCCUGAAAAUUUUGAUUAAAUCUAGCAAAUUAUUUGAAGUCAUUUCAACUCACAACGAAGUUUCUCCAACUUAAAAGAUCAAGUUCACGUCCUUUGUUUUGGAACUUAUUUUUUUACUAUUUUGGUCAAAUAAACAAAUAUUUUUGUUGUAUCAACAAUAGAACUCAAGUCAUCUCAACUCACUUUUAAUUUAGUCUAACUCAGGGGUCUCAAACUCAAUUUACCUGGGGGCCACUGGAGCUCGGGUCUGGGUGAGACUGGGCCGCAAAAAAAAAAAAACGCAUUUAUUAAAAACAAAAAAAUUAAAAAAACUUCGCUUUGGUUCCAAUUUUCUUCAAGAAAAGCUCUGAUAAAACAUUCCACUGGUCUCAAAUAUCGUACUUUUUAUUUUUCUACACAAAAUAAGAUCAAGAAUAAAGAAAAUCAAUCAAUCAGUAAUAAAUAAAUAUAAUAAUAAUAAAAGGGCAAAUAAUAAAAAGUUAAGAAAGCACAUAUAGUUGGUGAGUAGACAAAUGAUUUUUUUCAGAUUAAAAUGAACAAAGCAUUAUUAGAGCCCUGUAGACAUGACAAAACACGACUAUAGUCACAUUUAUACUCUUUUUAUUUACAACAUAUUGCGCAACUGCAGGGUCUUGAGACACAUGCUAACUCGCAAACUAGAGAGCUAGCGACCUAAACGGUAGCCUUCAAGUUAUUUCCUUUAAACUUAAAUAGCCAAAAACUUACCACUUCCACACGGAUAGGGAGGAUAACUAUUAACAGUUAUUUAACCUUUAACAUGAACAUUAAUCAAACGUAAUAUUUUUUUCUGGGUACAUGAUACCAUACAGCAUCCAUAUCAAACUUUAAACAUUAAACUUUUAUAUCAAGGCGGGGACCUCAAACUAGUGUCCUGCGGGCCACAUUUGGCCCGCAGGCCGCGUGUUUGAGACCCCUGGUCUAACUAAUUAGCUCAAGUAAAUUCAACUCACAAUUAAAUUGAAAUAAUUGAAUUGAAACUUGAUUGUUGAUACAACCAAAAUAUUUGGUUAUUUGACCUAAAAAAAAAUGAAGUUCCCACAACAAAUCAAUAAGUCACGUAAACUUGGUCUUUUAAGUUGGAGAAAAUUAGUUGUGUGUUGAAAUUACCUGAAAUAAUUUGCUAGAUUUAAUCAAAAUUUUACAGCAGCGAGGUUACAAUUUUUUUUUAAGUUGAGUCAACUUGGAAUUAAAAAAAAAAAUUUUAACUAUAAUUUUGGUGAACAUUCUGACAAUAAAGUCCUAAAAUUGCAAGAAGAGAAUUUAACUGCCGACCCUUUAUGAGUCAAAGACAUGCAAGCCAAGUCAUCUGGAGGGUCAGUCCUGUUACACCAAUGAGACGGUACCCAAGUCCAGUCCGCCAUGGAGGACAUGAAUGACAAUGAAAAAGGCUGUGCAGUGUAAACAAAGCUAGCAGUAAUGUCCGGAGUGGACGUCUGGGGACGAUGAAAGUGGAUUGGACCACGCUCACCCACAACACUUGACUGUCGUGGAUUUGGGAUGGUUAAGGUGGUUAUGGUGCUCCUUUAAGGCAAAAAAAUGGAAAAAUACAGACUGCUUUUGCCUACUUUUAAUAAGACAAAAUGUGCCUUUGUUUUGUUGCUACUUCGUGUUGCUCCUGUUCAAUCUGUGUGAUUAGCAACAAUAAGUAUAAGUAUAAAGACAUAAGUAUGUCUUUCUCUUUUAUCAUCAUGUCAUCAAUAAAAAUAAGCUCUAUUGUUUCUAUUGCUGAC